AUGUUUUAUGCUCAGCUAUGUCAACAAAACAAUCAUUGUAUACAUCAUGGUACUACUCUUCCACGACAUUUGAAAUCGGAAUAUUGCUUCUGUCCCUGUCGACGAGGGCUUUCGAAUAUUGCUUCUCUCCCUGUCGACGAGGGCUUUCGAAUAUUGCCUCUCUCCAUGUCGACGAGGGCUUUCGAAUAUUGCUUCUGUCCCUGUCGACGAGGGCUUUCGAAUAUUGCCUCUCUCCAUGUCGACGAGGGCUUUCGAAUAUUGCUUCUCUCCCUGUCGACGAGGGCUUUCGAAUAUUGCUUCUGUCCCUGUCGACGAGCUUUCGAAUAUUGCCUCUCCCCAUGUCGACGAGGGCUUUCGAAUAUUGCUUCUCUCCCUGUCGACGAGGGCUUUCGAAUAUUGCUUCUCUCCCUGUCGACGAGGGCUUUCGAAUAUUGCUUCUCUCUCCAUGUCGACGAGGGCUUUCGAAUAUUUUCUCCCUCCGACGAGGGCUUUCGAAUAUUGCUUCUCUCCCUGUCGACGAAGGCUUUCGAAUAUUGCCUCUCUCCAUGUCGACGAGGGCUUUCGAAUAUGCUUCUCCCCUGUCGACGAGGGCUUUCUUGCCUCUCUCCAUGUCGACGAGGGCUUUCGAAUAUUGCUUCUCUCCCUGUCGACGAAGGCUUUCGAAUAUUGCCUCUCUCCAUGUCGACGAGGGCUUUCGAAUAUUGCUUCUCUCCCCUGUCGACGAGGGCUUUCAGAUAUUGCCUCUCUCCAUGUCGACGAGGGCUUUCGAAUAUUGCUUCUCUCCCUGUCGACGAGGGCUUUCGAAUAUUGCCUCUCUCCAUGUCGACGAGGGCUUUCGAAUAUUGCUUCUCUCCCUGUCGACGAGGGCUUUCGAAUAUUGCCUCUCUCCAUGUCGACGAGGGCUUUCAAUAUUGCUUCUCUCCCUGUCGACGAGGUCUUUCGAAUAUUACCUCUCUCCAUGUCGACGAGGGCUUUCAAAUAUUGCUUCUCUCCUGUCGGCGAGGGCUUUCGAAUGCCUCUCUCCAUGUCGACGAGGGCUUUCGAAUAUUGCUUCUCUCCCUGUCGACGGGGCUUUCGAAUAUUGCGACGAGGGCUUUCGAAUAUUGCUUCUGUCCCUGUCGACGAGGGCUUUCGAAUAUUAAUUCUCUCCAUGUCGACGAGGGCUUUCGAAUAUUGCUUCUCUCCCUGUCGGCGAGGGCUUUCGAAUAUUGCCUCUCUCCAUGUCGACGAGGGCUUUCGAAUAUUGCUUCUCUCCCUGUCGACGAGGGCUUUCGAAUAUUGCCUCUCUCCAUGUCGACGAGGGCUUUCAAAUAUUGCUUCUCUCCAUGUCGACGAGUGCUUAGAAUAUUACUUAAAACGCCGAAGGGGUAA